GGCUGUUUCCCAAAUUUCAGCGCGUUCUAUGCCCCUCAUGAAUUUCAAUACCAUCAUCUCUGAAUCCCUAUAUCAUGCCGCCUAGCAGGCAUUAUCUGUGGGUGUAUACCUUCUGGUGAUUUUUAGGAAAUUACUUCAUCUAUCAUAAGUUGGGUGGGAGUAAUGCUUCCUGUCAUGCUGCAUAAUCUGGUCGUCCUCAUGGAUGGUUCUGUGAGUAUACCUUAUUGAGUGCGACUUUCUUGUUUGGCCCCAGAGAACUCUAGUGUAGAUGAUUGGCUCAUGCAACAAAGGGUGACAGCCUUGCACUCAACCUAGCUGCUACCCCUCAUCAUACCUUGCACAGCAGCAUAUUUUCUAUCAAUUGGAUUUCACAAAAAUCCUCCCCAACCUUGAAUGAUAACAGAAUUUUCGUGGCCAGAAGUAAACAUUAGUAUGUCAUUCUUAGAUGGCACCCUCAACACCAUCACACGAUGACUAUACCGUGGCCUGGAUCUGCGCGUUACCAUUGGAGAUGGCCGCGGCGAAAGCAAUGCUGGAUGAAAUUCACGAUCGCCUCCCUCAGCCGUCAAGUGAUCACAACGUCUAUACACUAGGCAGAUUGAAGGGCCACAAUAUGGUAAUCACCUGCUUACCAUCUGGUGUUUAUGGGAUUACCUCAGCAGCAACGGCGCUUGCGGCGAUGAGGUCAACAUUUUCAUCGCUGCGAUUUGCUUUGGUGGUCGGUAUUGGAGGCGGAGUACCCGGUAAGACCGAUAUUCGACUUGGUGACGUGGUGGUUAGCAAACCGACUGCCAGUGGGAGUGGUGUGAUACAAUACGACUAUGGCAAAACGCUACGGGAUAGAUGCUUUCAGCGUACAGGAUUCCUUGACAAACCUCCCCCAGUUCUCUUAGCCGCAGUGAGCCAGAUUCAAAGUGAUCACAUGACAGGAAGACAGGGGAUUAAGAAAUGUAUGGUUGAUGUCCUUGAGAAGAAUGAAGAAAUGAAAGACCAGUUCUCUCGCCCUAAUAACGACUGGCUUUUCUAUGCGUCGUAUGACCACCCAGAGAGUGCCAGUAAGUGCUCUACAUGUGAUCCGAAGUGGUUGGUGAAUAGAACGCCGCGAGUCACGGAUGAACCUUAUGUUCAUUAUGGUUUAAUUGCCUCCGGAAACCAAGUUAUGAAAGACGCGCAGAUACGAGACAGGAUCGCCCAUGAGCUAGGCAUCCUCUGCUUUGAAAUGGAGGCGGCAGGCCUGAUGGACCAACUGCCAUGCCUGGUCAUUCGUGGAAUUUGCGACUACUGCGAUUCCCAUAAACAAAAACAAUGGCAAGGGUAUGCAUCUUUAGCCGCAGCUGCAUAUGCAAAGUUGCUGUUAUCCAUUGUUCCCCUAACCGAACGGCAGACAAGAUCAGAGCACAAGGCUGACUUUAGUCCGCAAGAAAAGGAGUGCUUGCGGAGUCUAUUCAUUACUGACCCAAUCGAAGACAAGAAUUCGCUGAAGCGAACGAAAGGAGAUCGUGCUCCGGGUACCUGCGAAUGGAUUAUGGACACACAGGAAAUUCAGACUUGGCUUGGUCCACAGGAAGCCUCCUCUGAAGCUCAUCGUAACAUACUGUGGCUGUACGGUAACCCAGGCACUGGAAAGACGACAAUGGCAAUCACCCUCGCCGAUUCCAUCCCGAAUCAAUUUGGGUAUAUCAACAGCGGAAAUAUCAUGGCGUACUUCUUCUGUGACUCCAGUUCUCCGGAACGUUGUACCGCGACUGCUAUACUACGUGGACUUCUAUAUCAGGUAGUUAAGCAACGCCAGGAUUUCAUGAGACAUUUACUUCACAAAUUUGAAGAUCGCAAAGAAAAGCUUUUUGAUUCUUUUGAUGGACUAUGGACGAUAUUCAUGGAGAUAGGACGUGAGAAUAACAACGGGCAACUCUACUGCAUCAUUGAUGCCUUGGACGAAUGCACUCAUGAGUCACAAAAAGUUCUGCUGACUCAGAUCAAACAAAGUUUCGGGAACAAAAAUAUUAAAAGGAACUUGGGCAUUAAUUUCUUAAUCACCAGUCGACCAUACCCUGAAAUUCGCGAAUAUCUGCAUCGGUUUAAAUCUAAGGACCUGUCCUCUUACCAUAUGGUUCAGGAUGAUCUCCAAAUUUUGAUUGAUCAAAAGGUUGCAGAGCUCUCUGAGACAAAACGGUACCCGGAGAAUGUCAGACUCGCAGUAUCAAAUACACUUCAAGAAAAGGCCGAAGGGACGUUUCUAUGGAUUGGUAUCGCGUGUGACGAGUUAGCAAUGGUACGCUCCAGAGAUGCACUCAAAACACUGCAAAGCCUACCUCGAGGGCUGAAUUCACUGUACGCCAAAUUAUUAGAGACAACGUUGGAAAAUACAGAGAAAGAAGACAAUAAUAUAAUCCUACAAAUGCUUACCACUGUCGUAAUCGCGCGACGCCCUCUGAGUGUUGCUCAACUGUGUAUUGCGUGUGGGCUCUACGAAGAUGAAGAUGAGAAAGAUCGUCUUGCAUAUGUUCACGAAGAUAUUGAAAUGUGCCGUCUGAUAAUUAUUGUUCGAGAUGGAAUUUUACGCCUCCUGCAUAAGUCGGUAAAAGAUUUUCUUCUCCUUGCUCGAGGAGGAAGCCUAGUAAACGAAUUAAGAGCAAAUGCGACUUUAGCAAGCCGAUGCAUUGAUUACCUUUUAUCAGACGAGCAAUCAUGGGCAGAUUUUGAACUAGACGAUGAUGAUCUGCUGAAGGAGGAAAGGGUCUAUGGGUUUCUUUACUACGCGGUCCUUUACUGGCCUGAACAUGCUGCUGCUGCUCAAUCUUCAUUUGAAAUUUCUCCAGAACAAACGCCUUUCUUUCAAGUUAUAUCACAUAAGCGGGAAAGGUGGCUGCGAGCUUACAAGAAUGAAAGAGGGUUUGAAAGGAUACCUGAAGGAUACUCCAUAUGGCAUGUGACCGCUAAAUGGGGCAUUAUUUCAUUGGUCCAUUACCUAUUAUCUGAUGCAAAGAAAUCCAUGUAUCACGAUGAUAAUUGGAUGGCAUCCGACGGAGCCACGCCCAUCGAAGAAGCCGCAAAAGCUGGACAUAUUGGAAUGAUCACACUGUUAUUGGAGAAAGGAAAUGCGCGAAUAGCUGCGCAAAACCGGAUUCUGGCAGCCGCAGCGAGAAACACAAGGAACGGGCAAGAUAUAAUGGCAUUACUCCUAGAUAUAUUUGGAGAUGAGGUCCAGAUCUCUGAAUAUAUUAUCUUGCAUGCCUUAUGGAAUGAGGAAAAAGGGGAAGAAAUAAUAGCAUGGCUUCUAGAUCGACAGGGGUAUCGAAUUCAGAUCACCGAAAGAAUUGUCGAAAUGGCCGUAUCCCGGGGGAGAAACACAGAGAGAAUAAUUACCUUACUCCUGGAUCGACGAGGAGAUAUGAUUCAGAUCACUGAUGAGGUUUUGAAAUCUGUGAUAUAUAAUAGAGAAGUGGGAGAGAAAAUAAUGGCAUUACUUUUAGAUCGCCAAGGACAUCGAAUUCAGAUCACUGAAGAUGUUGUUAAAACAGCCGCGGCCAAUUGGAGGAGAACCGGAGAAGCAAUAAUGUCAUUAUUUUUAGAUCGAAAAGAUGGCCAGGUUCAGAUAACUGAAGAUAUUCUCAAAGCUGCUGCAAGCAAUGAAUCCAAAGGGAAGGCAAUCAUGAAAUUAAUCCUAGAUCGACGGGAAGACCGAAUUCAUAUUACUGGGUCCGUUGUUAAAGCUGCUGCAAGCAACGGAAGCGGAGAGGGGAUUAUAUCAUUGCUUCUGGAUCGAUGGAAAAAUCAGAUUCAGAUCACGGAGAGUAUUAUCGAAGCUGCCGCGGAUAAUUGGAGAAACGGUGGAGCAAUAAUGGCAUUACUUCUAGAUCAAAAGGGUAGCCAGAUCCAGAUGACUCAAAAUAUCGUCAAAGCGGCUGCAAGCAACGGAGGUGACGGAGAGGCAAUUAUGAAAUUGAUCUUUGAUCAACAAGGAGACCGGAUCCAGAUCAACGAAAAUAUUGUCGAAGCUGCCGCGGCCAAUUGGAGUAACGGUGGAGCAAUAAUGGCAUUACUUCUAGAUCAAAAGGGUGGCCAGAUCCAGAUGACUCAAAAUAUCGUCAAAGCGGCUGCAAGCAACGGAGGUGACGGAGAGGCAAUUAUGAAAUUGAUCUUUGAUCAACAAGGAGACCGGAUCCAGAUCAACGAAAAUAUUGUCGAAGCUGCCGCGGCCAAUCGGAGAAACGGUGGAGCAAUAAUGGCAUUACUUCUAGAUCAAAAGGGUGGCCAGAUCCAGGUGACUCGAAAUAUUGUCAAAGCGGCUGUAAGCAACGGAGGUGAUGGAGAGGUAAUUAUGAAAUUGAUUUUUGAUCAACAUGGAGACCAGGUCCAGAUUACUGAAGAUAUCCUUCAAGCGGCCGCAAGCAAUGAAGAGACUGGGGAGGCAAUAAUAAAACUGAUUCUAGAUCGACGAGCAGGCCAAAUACAGAUCACUGAAGAUAUUGUGGUCGAUGCUGUAAGCAACCAAGAACUCGGGGACAAGAUCAUGGCACUACUUCUAGAUCUACAAGGAGACCAGAUCCAGAUCACAGAAUAUAUUCUCGCAGUUGCCGCAAGCAAUGAGCAAAGUGGGUGGGCAAUAAUGAAAUUAAUUCUAGAUCGACACGGAGAUCAAAUCCAGAUCACUCCAGAUAUAGUCAGGAUUGUCGCCAGAAAUCGGUUUGAGGGGUGGUGGAUCAUGACUCUACUCCUAGAUCGAUAUGAAGACCAAAUCGAAAUUACGAAGGAUAUUGUCAAUGCUGCUGCAAGUAAUGAUAUAUGUGGAAAUGCGAUCAUGAAAUUGUUAUUGGACCGACGAGGAGACCAAAUACAGAUUACCGAGGAUGUGAUGAUGGCGGCCGUAAGGAACGAGUGGAAUGGGAAAGAAAUUAUAAUAACGCUCCUUCAACGAUGCGCAGGUCAGAUCCGCAUUACUCGGGAUGUAGUUAUUGCUGCUUCAAGGAACACACAGUGUGGAAUAAAGAUCUUAAGACUGCUUGUAAGUCGAGAACCGAUUUGGAUAACAUCAACAGGUAUAGCAGCAAUUUGGGAAGGAUUUGGUUCUGAUUUUGUCGAGCUACUACUACGUCGAGGAGGGGGUGAAAUCGAAAUUACUGAUAAGAUGGUUAAGGCUGCUGUAAGAAAUGACGUUAACGGAAGAGAGAUGGUGGCAUUACUCCUGAAAUUGCGAGGAGAUAAGGUUGAAAUUUACUGAACAUUUUCAAAGCUGCUACAAGCAAUGAAGUUCCAAAGUAAAGGCAGAUGGAAGCCUUUGACUCACAAGAAAGAAAACAUUUGAUCAACGAGGGAAAAAGAAGAUUCAGCCAAGUCAAAUGAGGUUGUAUUAACUGUCCAUUGUGUACUUUGCCAUUUUGAAGAAGG